UUAGCCUUAAAUACCAAAACAUUUUAAUUUUGUUCAAUUAUUGUAUAAUUAGUGAAAAUUUCAAAAAAUUAAAUAAAAAUGAAACUGCAAACGCUUUAUGGUAUAUGCAGACAACAGAGAUAUUCAAUACGAUGCUUAAUCAAUUGUAGAAAUCACAGUACGUCAUCUAAACCCUUCAGCAGAGAAACAUUUUUAGAACGUGUGUCGGCGGGUCCCGGUCUACAAGAAUUUUUCAAUGUAAAACCUAAACUAAACCCUCCCGUACAAAAUUUAACCCAAGCGGAAGAAAAUCUAGUACCUUAUCUACCCUUAGAUAGCUACCAGGGUAAAGGGCGAAAGGUACAUUUCGAGAUCUAUGGCUGUCAAAUGAAUACCAACGAUACCGAGGUGGUGUGGUCCAUCAUGAAGGCUAAUGGCUAUACUAAAGCUGAAGAUAUAAAAGAUGCUGAUGUUGUGAUGAUAGUAACCUGUGCUGUAAGAGAAGGUGCGGAAACUAAAAUAUGGAAUCGUUUAAAUCAUUUAAAAGCUAUGAAAGAGAAAAGAUCAGCUAAAAAGGGACCUUUACAAAUUACCGUAUUAGGAUGUAUGGCGGAAAGAUUAAAGCAGAAAUUAUUGGAAAAAGAAAAAUGUGUUGAUGUGGUAGCUGGUCCAGAUAGUUAUAAAGAUCUUCCCAGAUUAUUGGCUAUUUCCCGCCAUUAUCAGCAAUCAGCAAUUAAUGUUAUUUUAAGUUUAGAUGAGACAUACGGAGAUGUUAUGCCAGUAAGAUUAAACACUGAUUCACCUACAGCUUUUGUUUCCAUUAUGAGAGGUUGUGAUAAUAUGUGUACUUAUUGUAUAGUACCUUUUACCAGAGGUAGAGAACGUUCUCGUGAUGUGGAAUCCAUAAGACAAGAAGUCUUACAUUUAAGAGAUAAUGGAGUCAAAGAAGUUACUUUAUUGGGUCAAAAUGUUAAUAGUUACAGAGAUAUAUCCAAAGAAACUGAGGCAAAUGUAUCAUUAGCUCCCGGUUUUAAGACUGUGUAUAAACCCAAAAAGGGAGGUCUCCCCUUCUCAGUUCUAUUACAAGAGGUUGCUGAAGCAGUACCCGAUGUACGCAUACGUUUUACCUCUCCCCAUCCCAAGGAUUUUUCUGAAGAAGUUUUGCGUGUUAUCAGAGAUUAUCCUAAUGUAUGUAAGAAUUUACAUCUGCCAGCACAAUCUGGCAACAAUAAGGUUUUAGAACGCAUGCGCCGCGGUUAUACCAGGGAGGCCUAUUUGCAGUUGGUAGAUACUAUAAGAGAAUAUUUACCGGAUGUAGGUUUAUCUAGUGAUUUUAUUUGCGGAUUUUGUGGUGAAACCGAAGAAGAAUUUCAAGAUACAGUAACACUUAUAGAACAAGUACGCUAUAAUGUUGCUUUCCUAUUUGCAUAUAGCAUGAGAGAAAAAACUACUGCCCAUCGUCGCUACAAAGAUGAUGUACCUCUUGAUGUAAAAACUGCCAGACUACAGAGAAUGGUUAAGGCUUUUCGCCAAGGCGCCACUGAAUUACAUAAAAUGUAUGAGGGACGUCAGGAAUUAAUAUUAAUCGAAGGAAAAAGUAAACGAUCUGAUGAUUGCGUAUUUGGAAGAAAUGAUGCCAAUAUUAAAGUAAUUGUACCUAUAAAGAGUUUGCCCUUGUCUUGCAAUGAAACUGAAUCACAGACUAAAGAAAUUUCUGUGGGGGAUUUUGUGGUAGCACAUAUUGAGGAAACAAAUUCUCAAGUUCUAAAAGGACAGCCGUUAUAUAUAACAAAUUUACAAGAUUUUUACGCUAAAGUUUAAAGUAAAACUAAAGUUGUUAUAAUAAAAAUAUAAAAAUAUUUUAUUCUUCCAUA